AUGAAACUCUCCAUCUUCAAAAACGACAAGUUUACUGCUGCGAAUGUCCUCAUGGCUCUAUUUUUCUCCUCCUUCAACAACUAUCUCAUCUUCGCAACCUAUUGGUUCCAAGACUUCCAGGACCUCUCCGUCAUUCAGACGACGAUACGCUUCAUUCCAACCGGCGUCACCGGUGUCCUAGUCGCUACGAUCACGGGGCAGAUUCUCUCACGGAUCCCUGGCGAUAUCAUUUUGACGUUCAGUACAAUAUGUGUCAGCAUUUCCUCACUGCUGUUCGCCAUCCCGAUUCCUGCGCAUACCUCCUACUGGGCAUACGGGUUUCCCGCCAUGGUCUUAUCAGUGUGCGGCGCAGACACCAUCUUUCCCGUCCUAACGCUCUUUGUGGCGAAGACACUGCCCCCAGAGGACGCGUCUCUAGGUGGUGCACUGAUCACGGCUGUGGGCCAAAUUGGCAGGGCAAUUGGCUUGGCUAUUGCUACGGCUGUUCAAACCGCUGUGAUCGCCAGAGAAAAGGGGGUUAGUGUGGAUCAAAUCGGCAGCGAAGGCCAUGGAUUGGAACCAUGGGACAGAGCGCUGAAGGUCGGUAUUAGAAGCACAGCGUGGUUCAACUUUGGGAUGAGUCUCGCCUCAACGGUGGUUGUGAUGCUCUUUGUCAGGGGAAUUGGGAUUAUAGGCGGUAAGGGGAAGAAGUAA